AUUCCAAGAUUUCCAGCUGCCGAAUUCCAAAUUCUCUCAUUCUCCCAACGAAAGAAGCCGGUCCCUCCAUCAGCGAACCAUCAAUGGAAACCUUUAAUGAAGAAAAGCACAUUACAAAUGGCGUAAUUGUAGCUUCCGCCAUGGAUUUAGACGAUCUCCAACUACAACAGCCAGAUAUAUCCGAUCCAUUCAUCGAAUUUAUCGAUUACGCAAGGUCGAUUCUCUCUCCUCAAAUGAACGAAGAUGAUGAAGAUGGAGAGAUAACUUCCGAUUCAGGAGAGAGAGAAAGAGAAGGGCCUGGAUGGACUUGGAUUGCUUCUCGAGUGCUCAAAACUUGCAUUUCUUACUCUAGCGGCGUCACUUCCGCAAUUCUUCUUUCUGAGCUUUCGCAGGCAUGGAAUGAACAGAGGAAAAGCAGUGCUCCGAGAAAAAGGCCAGAUUGCAUCAAUCAGUUGAAGAAGAAGAACAGGAGAGCUAAACUUCAGAGUACAAUUACAAUUGACACCAUAUACGAGAAGAACUUUUUGUCACUAAAUAGUGUUUUAGAAGCUGUGGUUGUUGAUACCUUUGUUCUUCCAGGAACUAACAUCUACAUGAUUACUCUUGGUGACUUUUGGAGUUCAAAUACCAUCGAUCUAUAUCUCCAUAGAAGAUAUUAUGAACUGGUAUCUCCUGAUAAUGGGAUUUUAAAAAGGGGAAGGGAAGUCUUCCUUACAGGUUGCUACCUUCGAAGUGCUAGUGAAGGGUCUGGUCAUCCUCGACUUUUACCAACAGAAUAUUUGGUGAUACUGUUGGAUGAGGAGCAAGAUGAUGAUGCCAUGCUAUUAGGAGCUCAAUUUUGUACCGACUCGUUUUCCUCUAUUUCUCCAGAUAGGGCAAAUGAAGGAGUUUCCUAUUCAUUAUAUGCAAGGAUUGAAUCCAUAGGGCCUCUAGAGAUUUUGGAGAAAUUUGGUGGUGUACAGAGGAAGCAAAUUAAACUAGUUGACAAUGAUAGCUCCGAAAUGAAUUUCUUCUUAUGGGGUGAGCAAGUUGUGCUGGCUAAUCUCUUUAGUACUGGAAGUAUGCUUGCAAUUGACAGACCGUUCAUCGCAAGUGCUUUUGAGAAUGAUGUUGAUAUAUGUGGAAGGGUUUGUCUUGAAUAUGGCAGUGCAACUCAGUUAUAUCUAGUCCCAUACAUUCGGCAAGGUGAACAGGUAUGUCUUGGACUGACAACAAAUCGACGAGGAUCCAGGCUUUCAACAACUUUGUGUUCUACUCAAGGCCUUAAAGGCUCUCAAGUGACUCUACCAUGUGAUUCUCAGGGAUCUGUUGAUUUUAGUAAUUAUCCUUUCCAGUCUUUUAUAAUUGAUCUGCAUGAGAAGAUGACUGGUAUUAGCAUCUAUGGUGUUGUCCUGGAUAUUUUACGAGAAGCAAAUACAGCAAAAACAGUCUUCAAUUUGAAAAUUCAAGACCCAACUGGAACUAUAUGCAUAAAGCUGCAUUUAUCUGAAUCUUGGUCUUUGGGGAGAUUAAGCCUUGGUCAUACCAUAUUCAUUUCUGGUUUGACAUGCACCAUGACAAAACAUAAGCGUCUAGAAGCACGAUGGUUUGAGGAUGAUACACGAACUUUUUUUGUCAACCUAAGUUGCUUGCCUGCAAUCCUGAACUCGUCUUGUCUCCACAAGUCAUCAUACCUUGCUGAAAUGCAGAAUACUGGUACACAUAUUUGCAGAGUAUCGCUGGAUCAAAUCGAACACUGUCACGUUAACACAAGAUUAGCCCAUGCUACUUGUGGACAUUUUGUCAAGACGAAUGCGUCUGGACCUUUGGAGUGUGAGUUCUGUCGCUGCAGUUGUGAGAUGAAAACUAGGCGCACUUUUCAUUUAAAAAUUACCGUGGCAGAUGAGAGUGGUAAAGUAUUUGCAUGGUGUACUGGACAAACUGCUAUUGAGUUACUGCAAAUAUCUCCUGAUGAAUUCUAUGAAUUACCAGAGGAGGAACAAGUAAUAUACCCGUGUUCACUUGAGAAUGAAAGAUAUAUGGUGGCUAUUGUGAACUGUAGCCAAGAGGAAGGCGGAGUAACUACAGAAAAUGAUAUGACCUCUUGGGAGAUCACCGGUGCUCUCAAAUUAUAAUUUGCUCAAUGUUUGGACGUGUAAGUCUACAUUUAUUUGCAAUCGUGUGGACAGUCAUUUUAAUGAACCUUUAAUCCAUUGCUCAUAUACUGUAACAUAGACCAUGAGAUGAUGGUGUGUUUUGGUGUUUUGGUGUUUUGAGUCCAGAAUGAAAUAUAUGAAAUUCCAACGUCCUUUAUUUCUCAUAGCUUGAAUGUUAAAGGCACAAUGGCUUGCAUUCGUGCUCUACAUCUUGUGUAAACUGAAACGAUAACUAAAAAUUGUUAUGAACCUAAACUAAAACUGAACCUAUUCAAGUCUUGAAAGAACCUAAUUAAAGAUUAUUUU